AUGCAAAUGUCUUCUUAUCUUCCUCAUUUGAUGUUACUCCGCGUAAACAUUAAUGUAGAUAUAUCUGAUUCAGACUUCCCCGAAAAAUCUAUGAAACUUGCGAAGAAUUAUUGUAGAAAUCCUACCCGAGAUCCAAGAGGUCCCUGGUGUUACACGCUAGAACCUACGGUUACCGACGAUGAGUGCGACGUCCCACUUUGCAAUUCUGGCGGUAGAUGUCAUUAUUGUAUAAUUACUGGACCGGGAGCCGAGUAUGGUGGAAGUCGUAGUUUCAGUUCUUCGAAGAGAAAAUGCAAGUCCUGGAACAAGAGAUAUAAAUUCGGUAACUCGAAGAGUAUCAAAUUCCACAAUAAACAUUUUCCGGAGGGAUCAAGAGCGAAGGCGAAUAACUUCUGCAGGAAUCCGGACGACAGUAUCGGUGGUCCUUGGUGUUACGUGGAAGAGAAGAGUUACGAGCUGGUGGAAAAAGAAUAUUGCGAUAUUCCGUUUUGCGAUGAUAAAGAUUGUCUGUUGUAUACAAGGAACUCGUCAACUUACUCCAUGUUAACGGGAUUAAACAGUUCUUAUGGAAACAUAUCUUUCUGGAUUAAACUGUGGAAUCCUCUUGAUGAGCAAAAUGCUGAAGCUAGGAUUUUAUUGAGUUUGCUCCCAACUCCAUCCUCUGCCGAGAAGACUGCCCAGGAUUGGAAGGCUGGGGUAGAGCUUUUGAUAUCCAACAGUGUCAGCGGCCAAACGUAUCCGAUUACUAAUAACGAUCAUGUUUUUGAGAAUACACCUGACAUACUGCUCAGUUCUAAAUGGACUGGUCUCUGGAUCGCAUGGGGUGGUGGCUUCAUAUCGCUUGGCGUACACGGCGUAUCCAAACCGUUAAUCAUGGACGAAUAUAAAACGAGAGAUAGCAUUUCGAGCUUGUAUCCCGACAGCUUUAUGCAUUACGGCAUUAUGGGCACCGGUGUCUUGUGGAGCGCAGACUUUUGUCAAAAAUAUUGUGAGAGUCACACGACAUUCGGAGUCGAGUUCUUAAGAAUCUGGCCGAUGCAGAAGAGCAACGAUACGCAGGAUUUUCGCUUUUACGCACGAGCUAGCCGUAACGUAGCGAUACGAUUAUAUCAGAGUCCUGGAGCGCUCUUUCCUUGUUUCACUGUAGAAAUUGGGCGUAAUGACGUUACGUCUUUGUUGUAUCAAGAGAGUGAAAAAUCGGUGAAGCAGCACUUGAAGGAAGUCAUGGUGAAAGGAUUGCUAGAUUACUGGAGUUGGAAAGAAUUUUCCAUUAGUAUUUUCGGCACGUAUUUACGUUUGUUCGCGCAACGUACGUACGGGAGCGAAGACAUUCUACGUGUAAAUCACGAUCUGUUAAUCACAAUGCGCUGGUUCAGCGUCGGGAGCGAUCGAACGACAGCACAUUGGACAUUUUUCUGUCCACCCGAUGCAACGGACGCAGUGGAAGACCCUCAGCCUCCUAACUGCAUUCACAACGUCGCCGAUUAUCAGUAUCAAGGAGGUCAGUGGAUAAGUGCAGAGGAACUUCCGUGCAUACCGUGGAUAGCGGAGAACGUAUGCGACAUUGUACCGCCUGAUGAGAAAAUAGCCGAUAAUUUUAUCGAUGGAUCGGUGAUAAAGGCUUUAAACAGAUGUAGGAACCCAAGUCACGAUCCAGGCGGACCUUACUGUUACGCAAUUCCCACUUCGCACGCGACCAACGCCACGAAACGGUAUUGUUCCGUGCGACUGUGCAGGUCGUCAGAAUGCCGAGUGGCAGGGACGGCAAACGAUUACGUGGGCACGCUGUCGACAACUCGUACGGGACGAACUUGCGCGAAGUGGCUGAGCGACUACGACCUCGAGCUGAUGCAGAGAUCAAACAAGUCAUUGACAGCGAGGCUUCCCUCUAGACCUCUCAGAACACCUGGGAUCCUCGCGGAACCUCGUCAAAAAUAUCCCUCGAUGCAGCGAGGUACUCUGGUGGGGCCAUCGUCGAAUCCGUCGUCGCGAUCAAGACCCAUGCCUGCCAAACCUGUCCACAGAGUCGACCGAGCGUAUUUGAACGAUAGUCUUUAUCCUGAACAGAGCGUACGGAAUGCUAGCAAUUAUUGCAGAGACCCCUCGCACAAUAUCGCGGGCACAUGGUGCUACACGACGGAUCCAUUGGUGCCAGAGGACCUUUGCGACGUGAGGGAUUGCGAGAAGCCAGAGGAGUGUACAUUUUUCGUAAAAGGACACGGCAUUGGACGGCGUUUAUACGUUUUACCGGAACACCGUACGGAAGGCUUGCAUUUUUCACUGAAAGCAUGGGAACCCGAUCAGCCGGAUUCCAUAACGUUCGUGUUCACUGCCGACGAUGGAUUAAAGUCGCGUUACAUCCUCAAAAUUGGAGCUUUGGACGAUGAGAAAGUACUGCUCUAUUAUCAGUCGGAAGAUGAAGGCAUAAUUUUGGUGAAGAAGAAAACGUUACCGCAUUUGUUGUAUCUCGGCAAAUGGAGCAGCUUUGUUAUUCGCAUACCUCGAGGCCGUGUUUCCGUUUAUUACGAGGGAGCAACAAAUCCAUUGUUCGAAUGGGAACAUCCCGAUCCAGUCAGGGCUUUCUUACCGGUCUAUUAUUAUUACAAUAGCGAGAAAGGACACGCGAUAGGAGUCGCUUUCGACUGUGCUUCAAGUAUCGAUUUCAUUUGUUACAAAAUCUGCUUUUACAGUUUAUCUUCAAUUAUGAUCCUUCGUAUAGGAUGUCACAUAGAAAACACGCAAACUAAUCGCUACACCAGAAUCUUACCACUAUCCACAUGGUCGAAAGAAAAAAUUCUCACUCCUGAUAGACUAGUAUUGAUGGUACGCGCCAAAGGUGUCGUUCUAAUACCGUUACUGCUACUGCCUGCCACACCAGGAUUCUAUAUGCUCACGCUCGGCGAACGGGGACAGUGGAUAUAUUUUCUGAAAAACACAUAUCCAAGCGCGAAAGUCUAUCACAAGCAGAGAUCGCCCAAGCCUAUAUUCACCACAAACUCUUGGACGAAUAUUACUAUAAACUGGUCCGACGAUAUAAUCGACGUAUUCUGUAACGAGACGAUUGUUUUUCAUUACGUGCACCGUCAACCGCUCAUCUUUUAUUUCUUUUCGCUCGCCGUGGAUCCGGGAAGUUGGGCCACUUGGAGCGCAAAUUGCAUACCGUCAGAUAUAGACGGUCCCCCGUUGGACGGUGGGUGGUCAGAAUGGGGGCCAUGGGCAUGCAGUGCUAGCUGCAACGGUGGCAUAGGGACCAGAAAACGUUAUUGCAACUCUCCGGAACCCAACGUGAGGGGCGAACCUUGUCUAGGUCCUAGUAGCAUGACGGGUCGCUGUAAUACGAUUCUCUGUGGCGAUAUAACCGAUGAUACCGUAACUUUGAUAAAGAGAGGAAUCGCACAAAAUUAUACCUCUCUUACGGUGAAGGAACAUGAGUCGGUAUCACUUCCAUCAGAUUCUAACAUCGUGAAUUCCAUCAGGGCCGAGUCGCCUGACUCGGAGAUACAAUGGUCCCAUAAUGGAAUUUUUCUUCAGAACGAGCAGCACAGGCUAGAAAUUAAGGAUUAUAAAAUCGGCACGUCUCUUCUUUUUCCAGUAAUAAAUAGAGCGGUGUUAAACGACUCUGGUGUAUACACGCUUACUGUUCACCGAACGGACGGAACGUACAUGAUAUUUAAAGUAGUAACUCUGGCGGUGAUCCCGAUUAAGGAAAGCGUUACAAUUCGCGAGACUCUUCCCAUGCACGUGGCGUGCCACUGCGCUAUCCUUGGCUACGUGUAUUCCGACCUGAGAAUACACUGGACGAUCGAUAACAAAGUAUGGAGGGACUACGGCAUCACGGUGCCCAUAGCCGUGAAUGUCGAUCACAUCCCUGCUGUAAAUAGAUCUCAUCACGGCACGUGGAGGUGCGUUGCACAGCAAGUCGACCUGAAUUUCAAGUGGACAACAAACGUGAUCCGCGUCAAAGUUCUGGCGCCUCCCAAUUGGCGCACUUACUUGAUGGAGGACAAAUUGACACGACCGAUCUUUGGAUGGAUGCCGAGCGAGGAAUUCGUUGCUUAUUCAGCAUUGGCCAUGAUUAUAUUUCUGAUAUGUUGCAUUCUCAUAUGUUCCAUACUCCACAUCAGAUUUCGAGAGAGCUUGAAAAUUAAUGCAACGAGAAAAGGGAAGAGAGCAAGAUUUGCAACAGGGAAAAAUACCACUGAGCAUACUUUUGUGAAAACAGAGGAUGAAAAUGCAUCGUUCACUCCUGCAAACUCUAAAAGCUUACACGGAACAUAUAACGUACAAUCUCGAGUAAAAGAUUCCAAAAUUCACACUAACGUAAAUCAAUCGAAACCGAGAUCCACAAAAGUAAUUAAUAAAUGGUCUCGUAAGUUGUUCAACAAGACUGGAUCGCUACGUAAAGAUUGGAAUAGUAAAUUUAAAUCUACUCGCGAUGAAACAUUAGAACGGAUGAACUUGAUCACUAAAAGCGAUCCCGAUAAAUGAGUGAGAUCUUACAACAAACCUGCAGAUUAGGCAAGAUAAAAUUCUGGAUUUUUAUGAUGACAGCCGAUAAUUUCUGGAGAGUUACAUAUUUAAAUUGCCGAAACAAAAAAAAA